UUGGUUGCCGUGCGGACUGUGAGAAGGACAGCUGCACUGCUGACGUUCACGUCGACACAACACGUUUGUCCACACCACCCACACUCAUUGAUCCACUAGACACAGCCCAAGCCCACGUCAGCGUCAACGCGCAAGGAAAGGGAGGAUGGGUGCUCUUCACGAAGCGUGUAUUGAAGGGGAUGUGCGGAAGGUCACCUCGCUGCUGAACGGAGGCUGGCUCUCCCGUGCAAAGGACGUCAACGAACGAGACGAGCAUGGUGCUACUGGGCUGCACUAUGCCACCCGAAGCGGCGAUCUGCCGUUGGCCGAGCUCCUUCUCCAGCGCGGCGCCAACCCUUCCAUCAAAGACCACGCGGGCAAGACACCGCUGUAUCAGGCCAGCCAACGUGGCUUUGCAGAGCUCGUGAAUCUGCUGCUGGAGCACGGCGCAACCGUGCAGGACAAAGACAACGAGGGCCGCCAAGCACUUCACGUCGCCCACACCCCCGGCAUUGUCCAUCUGCUGGUGGAGCGUGGCGCCGAUGUCAACGCCGCUUCCAACCAGGGCCACACACCGGCACACUUUGCGGGCGCGCACAACGACGAGACGCUUGAGAUGCUGCUCAGCCUCGGCGCAAACCCAACACUGAAAGACGAACACGGCCAGACACCGCUGGACAUUGCGCGUGCCCAGAACAGGCCGACCGCGGUUGCGACGCUGCUGUCUGCCCUGUAUCCGCUGCACGCGGCAUGCCACGCCGGCAAUGCCGAUUACGCCAGCGCUCACCUGCAGAGAGGCGCAGACCCAAACGAGCAGGAUGACAAGGGCCGCACUGCAUUGCAUCACGCAGCGAUGGAAGGAUUUCCCGCCAUUGCCAAACUCCUCCUCGACAACGGUGGAAAACCGGACAUCCAAGACAAUAUUGGGUGGACGGCUUUGCACCAUGCUGUGCAUGCCCAGAAGAAGGACGUGGUGCAGGUGCUUCUGACUGCCGAGGCAAAUGCAACCAUCGGCGAUGCACAGGGCCGCCUGCCCAUUCAUCUUGCGCAGGACGCUGACGACAAGGAGACAGUUGCCGUUCUGCAGAAAGUCAUCAUGCAGCAAGUUGAGACAGCCGCCCGCACCCGGGCUUCCGAGUCAUCAUCAUCGUCAUCGUCAUCUGCACCCGCCGCCAGUGCCCAGCGCCGCGGUGGCAGCGACAGGGCAGCCGUGAUUGUGAAGGAUGAUGACGGUGAUGAUGAUGAUGAUGAUGACAACGAUGGCCACGACGAUGGUGGCAAUGGUGGGGACGCAAGGGGCGCUGCGGAUGCCAGUGGUGAUGGCCGACGCGUGAGCGGUCUUUCUGCUGCUGAAGUGCGGCGGCAGGAGGUGCGCGAGAUGCAGCGGCGGCAGGAGCAACUGCGACACGACGAACGGCUGUGGCAGCGACAACAGGCACUGCAACGCCGACAGCAGCAGCAGCAGAAACAACAGCAGCAGCAGCGACGAAUGCAACAGCAAAAACAACAACAACAGCAGCAGCAGAAACAACAGCAGCAGCAGCGACGAAUGCAACAGCAAAAACAACAACAACAGCAGCAGCAGAAACAACAGCAGCAGCAACAACAGCAGCAGCAGCAGCAGCAACAGCAGCAACGCGCGCGCUCCCAGGGUGCACGUGAACAGGGCAGCAAUGGCCACGCACAUGGCGGGACACCUCAGUCCCAUGGGAGGCACCCUGCUGCGCGUGCUCGCACGUCAAACGCUGUGAGAACAGCUGUUGCUGCUGCUGCAGCUGCAGGAACAACAGCGACGACAGCUGCAGCAACAACGCAGCCACCUGCCCACGCUGUGUUCUGGGCGUGGCUGCGACAGGAAGGGUUUGCGCGCACCCUUGGGCCCGUGUUGAAGGAGCUUGGCGUGGACGAUGUGGAGGCAUGCCGUGCCUGCAUUGACCUCGGCUCGGAAUUCCGCAAGCAGAUGAUGGAAUCUGGGGCCAAGUUUGGGCAUGUGGCCAAGUUUGUCAAGCGGUUCAACACCAAGUUCCCACCAUCGCUGUGAUGAUGACGUGCUUGAUUGUUUCAUGGGGGACGCAAGAUGUGAUAUGAUAGCUGCACCCAAUGGGCAAAGGAAGGGCCGUGGCUGCUGUGAAUGGCUGUUUCACUUACGCUUUGCUUCAUGUGUUGUUGGUUCUGUGUUACACGCUGUUUGGUUUUUGUGCUGGUGUGCUUGUUCAUCUGACAGCCCACUGCACUGCGCCUUGCCUGCUUUGUGCUGUGUGUGUGUGUGUGUGUGUGUGUGUGUGUGUGUGUGUGUGUGUGUGUGUGUUGUUACAUUGCUUGCUCUGCGGCCAACCACCACUGUCGCCUACCAAGUACAUCAUUCCAAAC